UCUGAUCCCAUCUUCAUUCAUCUCGUCCCGGCUUUAUCCAGACACACAUAAUCAACGCCGCCUAUUGUAUAAUUUGAUUUUACUGCCCUUGCUUCUGCCUCUUGACAAAUCUAAUCAUUUGCGGCCCACAUUUUGACUUCCCUACUGCCGGCUCUUUCCCUCACUCCUCAGAUUUCGAGCUCGUCAAGUGACCACCAGCUCAGGCCGCUCAAACGAACACUUUUGGUGCUGGAAGAGGCGGCGGAGGCCGCUGAGGGCUACCAUUUUUCACUUGCACUGAGAUCACCACCUUCACGCCGUAUUUUACACCGUCCUCUCUAGUGGCAUCUUUCCCUUACCACAUAGCUUGGUCGGGCGUGGGGUCUUAUUUUUGGACUUGGUCUUAUGGGAAUCUGCCCGUAUUUCCAAGACUUUCCACUUAGCAAUAUUGUCAGCCUCGCACCUCCUUUGCCAGAAACAUGUCCCGGAGCGCUAGCGCUUUUGUCGACCUUACGACCCUCGGAUCAUCCUCUCCUUAUAACGGUAGAGACGAAAUUCGACCUCUCAGCAGCCUUUAUACUCCACCACGCAACCCAUCACGAUUACAUGUCUCGGGGGACUCUCACGAUUCCAAAAGACGGAGGUUGAAUCAUGGUGCAGCUGCGGGACCCUCCAUACUCACAUCAGAUGCAGCUUCUACCCCGCAAAACAGCUCUGCAGUUGAAGGCCCCGAUGUCGAGUCAAUUGACCUAACUUCGGUCAAUGACUCUACAACUCUUGCCCACGCUUUAUCCAAACAACGAGAGGAUGCUGUCAAGGCGCAACAUUCUGCAAAAGAUGAGACUGGUCGAUCCGCUCUAACAUCUUACAAGUGUCCUGUCUGCAUGGAUACGCCUGAAGAUGCCACGAUUACCAUUUGUGGCCACCUAUUCUGCCACAAAUGCAUUAUCGACACGCUCCGCUUUGGUGAAGAGAGACGCAUACAUGAAAAUGGAAAAACGCCCCGCGGAAAUUGCCCGGUUUGCCGCAGAGUGCUUACAAGAUCUGACGUACCUGGGCCUCGACGGAAUCUUGUACCUCUGCAGCUUAAGCUGACAACAAAAAAGAAGCAGUAACAAAGAUAUCCAGAUCUCAUAAUUUUAGUUUCUCUGUAUCUUCUGUGGAGGGUAACUCAAGAAGGACAGUGCGGGACAUUCCCUGGCGGUUU